UUUUUGACAUUUUAGGUCUGGGAGUAAAUUAAGAGCAGAGUGAUUAUUUGUUAGUUCAAGAUCAACUGUGCAAGAGAAAACAUUGUUUUCUUCUUUAAAUUUCAAAACCUCUUGAGAUUAUGCUUGUUUUGGCGCAGUAGUAACUCAAUGCGCAGCCCUAAAAUUAGUAAACAACGAGAGAAAAAAGGAAGCACUAAGCAGAGUUCAUUUAUUUCUUGUUUUCAUCCGGAAAAUUCUUCUUAACUGUUCUUAUCCAUCGAAAGUUUCUUUGUUCAAAGUUGCAGAAAAAUGCUGGAAGACAUUCCAGAGUUUGAAAAAGAAGGUCCCAUUCAGUGUAUUUUCUUCAGUGAAUUUCAUGCAGACUAUGGGCCUAGAAUUGUCUGUCAGUUCCCAGACAACUACAUAUCCAAGGAUAUAUUUGAUGCUGUGAGUGUCUACAUUAUUCCAAAGCCAGACAUUCAGAAGAGGAUUGUAACCAACACAGUCCUCCUGGACCCGGACUGCGACUCCCCCCAGUCGUUCAGCGACCGACGCCGGCCGGCUCGCAGUCACAAGAUUGUCGGGUACCCCAACUCGAUCGAGGAUAAAAAGUACGCACGUAACGCGCUCAUCUUCAACGUGUGCCUGGUGUGUGCGGUGGGCGAGCGGACCGUGCAGUACGAGCCCGUCGUCCAGAAGGCCUCCGAGUGGCUGGUGCAAAUGGAGCACGAGUGUGGCCUGCUGAGCGCCCCGGACGCCCAGACCAAGAUGGCGGCCGUCAUGGAGCAGAUGCUGCAGGGACUCAACAGCGUCGGACACGCCGUCCUGUCAGUCGAUGGCAGUGUUCCGGUGCACCUGAAGGUGGUGCGCACACCGCCGGCGCCCGAUCACGUGGCUGACCACCACGUGCCCGUGUGGGUGGGCCGCCGGCCGCCGCGGCUCGACCACUGGGACAUGACCUCGCAGCAGAUCAUCCCACACAUCAAGGGCGUGGCGCACGUGCUGAAGAUAUCGGCCCUGGCCGAUGUGGAGGUGCAGCUGGUGAAGGCUUGCGUCAGGAACCUGCUCUACUACGGUCUGGUGGAGCUGACGUCCAUCUUCCAGUACUCCAACACGUACGUGGUGACGCCCGACAUCACGCGGCUCUACUCGGAUCCCCGGCUGCAGGACGAGUGCUGCCGCGCAGUGGCUCGGGAUGAGUGCAUCCCUGCGUCGAUGGGGAACGUGUUCCCGCUCUACUGUGCCAUGACACACGACCGGACGCUGCGCGACAUCUGCACCGAGCACAACAUGCAGACGCUGCGGGUCAACGAGCGCAAGCUGGUGCAGUUCGGCCUGCUGCGGGGACUCAUCCGGCGCGUGCACAAGUACCCGGUGCACCUGCCGGAGCUGGCGGUCGGAGUGGCCCUCACCGGCCGGUUUCCCGAGGACGCCUACCGACUGUUUGACGGGCGACACUCGUACGACGAGAUCUGCGUGCGGGAGGGACUCUCCUCCAAGGAGCUGGACGACCGGAUAGAGCGCGACCCCAGCGUCAUCGUACUCAGAAAGUGAGGGCACGUCACUCAGCGGGGUGUGACGUCACUGUGACGUCAGUGUGACGUCAUUCAGGCGUGGUGUGACGUCAGACAGGGGAUGUGUAUUGAGGCAAUAUGAUGUGAUGUGACGGAGAAAAAAAAAACGUGUUGCGUUUGUCCGAUCCUAGCGAUGGAAGAAGACGUUUCAGUUCAAGUGUAUCGUACGUACCAGGCUUUGUUACGGGAUAUUCUGCUGUGAUAUUGAUGACUAUGAAAAUGUAUUGGUAUUGUUUAUGACACAUGGUGUAAUAUGCAUGGUAUGCAAUAUGCAUGGCAUUUUAAGAGAAGAUGUCCAGAAAUACAGGGUUCUGAGUGCGGAGUGGACGACUGUUUAAAUCGUUGUGAGUGGUCGCAUGGGUUAUCAAGUGCGCUGUGUGAAGUCGCUUGCCCUGCCAUUCUCCGCUGCGAGGUAUCUUUCCCGCCCGAUCAAGGACUGGUCGUCUACCCUUGGCUCCUCCCAGUUAUCCAAGGGCUGCGUUUUCGGAAUGCGAAGCGAUGCUGUAAGUGAACUAGUGAUUUGUUUUCUAGUCACCAUUUCCGGCCGUACGUUUUCUGUGUAGUAAGAAUCGAUGUGGGUACCGGAACCUCAAUAAGUCUUAUCAUGAGCCCAAUACCGGGGAUAACCGACAUCCGGCUGGUUACAUAAGCUCAGCCGGAGAGCAUUGUUAGCCGGUGUCGAGUGGACCCUUCAGCCGCCACAUACUUGUAGGUAAGCUGGUGUACGCGAGAUAUAUUGGGGGCUUAGUAAGUCAUUUCAAACUGACGGACUGUCAGCAAUGAACCACAAUUCUCGUUUUUUUCUGUCAUUUUAUUACUUCCAUUCUAUUGACCUCUCAGUUGAGGACAUGAACUCUUACUUUUCAGUAAACCUGCCUACCUUUCCAAUGUUCCGUCCGAUGGUAUCCCUUCGGAUCUUACAUGCUGUAUGGUGUUGUCGGGAUGUAUAACACUUCGUCUCCGUCCCCGAUCUACCCUUUUCACGCCUCGCUCUGGCUGCGGCGGUACACGCUUAGCCGACCUGGAAGUCUGAACGAUUUCCUCCGCCGUCCGCGAUACCAUCUGCGGGGCCGGCGUAUCGGCCGGGCCGAAAUGAGCCCCAGGUAACUCUCCGCGCCGCGGCCGGUCCGGUCCGAGUCUGCUGAGGGAUUCGGUCUGCCUAGCUGGCCAUUCACAUGGUCAUGGUUCUUGGAACUGAAUAGUCGCAGAAUCUGUGAAUGGUAGGAACGGAAACUCCAGAAUCAUAUGGGCGUAAAACUGUGUUUUUUUUUUAGGCUGAGCGAAGAUAAAUUGGUACCUGCCUAAGCAUCCGUUUUGUACAUGUACAACAUACAUAUUUAACCAAAUGUCAGGAUGCCCUGGAUAGUUGCAUAGCAGUUUUUGAAAUAAGUAUGCCUGGAUGCUGCUGCCAAGCAAUUCAUCAACAAGCAUAGUUUCUCACUUUGUUGCAGACCGACCUUUCUAUAAAGGGAAUAACUAGGUAGCUCUCCGAUCAAAUGGGGCAUGACGCACGCCUACGUUCCGUAGGUUCUUUUGUUCUCGUGCGUGUGUAUGUGCGACUGCCGGUUUUACUGUUCCGUGAACCGCUUUUGUGUGUCUCCCUGACUCCUUUGAUGACAACUCUGACAAUCGCCCUCCGGCUGUUUAAGGAGUCGGAAAUGUGGCCAGGUCACGACAGGCUGCCGUUUUAUUGCCAAUAAAAUGACUCCCCUCUAUGGUACAUAGUACCUGCAACACAC